AUGAAUAAUUUUAGCAACGACUCCUAUAUCGUUUGGUUGGAUAAUAGGAUCGAAGCCAGUAAAAGUAGUCGAGAAAUAAAAUCGCUUAUACGACAACUGGCAAGAGGCCGUUUAUUUACUUCCGCUGAUCCCGACGAAUGUGUUGAUUAUAUACUCGAUGAGCUGGCAACAAAAAAAGUUUGUUUUAUUGUUUCCAAUGCACUUGGUCCAAAUGUUGUGCCUCUUAUAUACGGACUGCCACAAAUACAAAAAAUAUACGUAUUCUGUGGUAACCGUCAAGCAGCCGAAUCAUGGGUUAAACCACAUUUUAAGAUCUCUGGUAUAUUCACUGAGAAAAAAAAAUUAUUACAUCAAAUUGGUAAUGAUAUUGAUCUCUAUGGCAAAGAUGAUGAUUUACCAAUGAGUGUCUUUCAUCUUACUGAGCGAGAACAAACUUUACAAAAAUUAACACAAGAAAGUGCUACUUUUAUGUGGUAUCGGGCAAUAUUGAUGGUUCUUCGAUCGAUGGCUAAAUAUAAUGACUCGAAAACUGAAAUGAUUGUGGAAGCUAAAGCUAUCUAUCGUAUGGAUGAAAUUGAGCAAAAGAAAAUAAAACGGUUUGAAGACACUUAUUGUCCAACAGAAGCAUUUUGGUGGUACACUUACGAUAGUUUUGUCUAUCGGUUAUUAAACAAAGCUCUACGCACGCAAGAGAUUGAAAUAAUAUUUAAAUUUCGAUUCUUUAUCGAUGAUCUUUGUAACCAAAUCGAACAGUCGUAUUAUCGAUAUUUAGAAAGACAUUCUUCUGAUACAAACCAUGAAUUGACUGUAUAUCGUGGACAACGUUCAAGUAUGACCGACGUCAAUCUAAUGAAGAAUAACGUAAAUGAACUUAUUUCAAUGAACAGCUUCUUAAGCACUACAUUAAAAAAAGCAGUAGCAUUGCUUUUUGCGGAUACGAGUGAUCAAUCGAAUGAAUCAUCGCCUCUACAAUCUGUUCUUUUCAUCAUUGACAUUUCUAAUAUGUCUAAAGAAAUGACAUCAUUUGCAUUCAUACAAACUUAUUCAUGUUGUCCAGAUGAAGAAGAAGAAGUUAUAUUUUCGAUUGGUGCCAUAUUCAAAGUUCAAUCAGUAGAGCUACAUGAAAAGAUGUGGCAUGUUCAUUUAAAACUAAGUAAAGAACAAAACCAACUGAGCCAACACCUUUUCGAUCAUAUGAUCAAACAAAUAGGAGUGAAACCCAGUCCAUUAUCAUUCGGUUGGUUUCUUUACCGAAUCAAUAAAUUCAACAAUGCUGAACGUUAUGCAAAAAUGAUGCUUGAACAACUCCCGCCAAAUGAUCGAGGAAUUGGCGAUGCUUACAAUUUACUUGGUCUUAUUUACAAUGAUAUCAAACGUCUAGACAAAUCUAUUGAAUACUAUGAGAAAGCACUUGAAAUUUAUUCUAAGUUGAACAGUCGCAAUAGUGCCCAAGCUAUUGCUACUCGUUGCAGUCUUGGUUUAGCUUAUCUAGCAUUAGGAGAUAUUCGAAAUGCCGAAGAUCAGCAAACUGAAGCUGAAGAGAGUUUAAUCAAUUCUGCACCAUCACAAGAUCCAUUACUCAAAACUAAACUAGACAGUCUGAAAGCGAGAAUUCAAUUAAAAAAUGGUGAUGAUAACAGUGCUUUGAAUCGGUUGGAGCAGAUUCUAGAGAAUAAAAGAAGUCGAUUACCAUCGACUCAUCCUUCACUAGGAGGAACUAUAAGUGAUAUCGGUACCGUACAUGAAAAAUUAAGAAAUUACCCAAAAGCACUUGAAUACUUUGAACAAGCGUUGAGCAUUGUUAAAAAAUCGUUACCAUCUAAUCACUUGGACUUAGUUGAUCAUUAUAUUAAUGUUGGUGGUACUCUUGAUAAGCUUGGUCAAUACCAACGUGCUGUAGAAAAGUUUACGUUAGCACUCAAUAUUCUAGAAGAAGAUGAACGAGAAAACGUUGAUCGCAUUGAGGAGGUAAAUGCACGCAUCUUGGAAACGACAAAGAAGCUACAUCAGUAAAAAAUUACUGAUAAAAAAUGUUUUUCUGAGUUCUUUUCUCCUUGAUUUUGAUGUAUUUCAAAUAAAUUUCUGGUAAUGAAACUUAUCAAACCAAAACAACUUUGGUCAGUCAUAGUCGUUUAAGGGGGAACCCCCC